AUGGCCGAAGACGACCAAAAACCCAAAAACGACGCACCAGGGCCGUCGCAGAUCGUACCCACUAUAAUCGCGAAAAUCGGUUAUCCGGAAUUCGAUGCCAAAGACAUCGACACCUGGUUUAUGUGUCAAGAAGCGGAGAUCAGUGUUAAUCAGGUGAAAGUAGACAAACAAAAAUUUAAUGCCGUCAUCGUCGCUCUUGGUCCACGUGCUAAGCUCGUUUACAGCACAAUAGCGAAGUGCAACGACACGGACAACAAUGAGCGCUACGAUACUCUCAAAGCCGCGGUGAUCGCCUAUUUCCAACCUUCGGAAGCACAAAGGUUGUCAAGCUUGCUUUCUGGCAUAACGCUCGGAGACCAAAAUCCAAGUGUCUUUUUGUCCGAAAUGCGUCGGCUCGGCGGGACAGGAUGCACGGAUAGCGUGCUGACGAACCUAUGGUUACGUGCUCUACCUACCACACUGCGCUCGAUCAUCGCAGCCUUACCUACUGCCACCCUGGACGAACAAGCAAAGGUUGCCGAUAAAAUCAUGGAAGCCCCGAGGAAUGAAAUUUCAGCGAUCCCCGAACGUCCGGAAGCACACCGACUUGGAGCAACGCAUCGAAGCUUUGUCACAACGCCUGGAACAAGCCCUUUCUGGACACUUCCAUCACCGUCCGCGGGCCCGAAAUCGCUCGCACAGCCGAUCAUCUGGACACCAUUGCAGCCGAAGAACCGUCGGUGGAUAUGUUGGUUCCACUAUCGUCAUAAUGUCCAGGCGAGAAAAUGUGAAAAACAACAUGGCGACAACCAAAACGCCCCCUGCAUCUUCUACGAUGGAAAAAUUCCUGUAUAUGUUCGCCAAGAAAAAAAUUAA